AAUAUACAGUGGAUGAAACGCAUUCAACACACAUAGACAUAGCAUUAACGCGCUUGCAAAGCCGGAAUCGAAAUGUAUAAAUCCAAAUUACGGUUAUUACUAAUUCAAAUCGUUAUCUACACCUUGGUUUUCAUUGAACCCGGUCACGGUAAAGCAAUGAACGGUAGAACUAUAUUAAUUAAAGGUAAACCAAUGCUCUGUACAACUUCGUUUACUAAAGGUAAACCACAGCAAAUGUGUCAAGAGAUAUGUAAUGAAAAUUGCGUGGACGGCAUUUGUGACUUUAAGAAGCGUUGCGUUUGUAAAAAGGGUUACCAUCCGGAGAAGAACAAAUGCCAACCGGAUUGUGCCGCAGGAUGUCCGACCAAUUCCACUUGCAUCGAAGGCAGUAAUAAUUGUCACUGCAAUGAAGGUUAUACUCGCGACGCUUUCGAUCAAUGCUCACCAGUCUGUAGUGUGGAUUGUGGCGAAACAAGCUAUUGUGCUAGUCCUGAUGUGUGUGCGUGUAAAAGUGGGUAUGUGGAGAUAAGCAAUGUUUGUGCGCCUAUAUGUUCGAAGGGAUGCGAAGAACAUGAGUAUUGCGGCGCGCCUAACGAGUGUCUGUGUAGCGGUGGUUAUGCGAGGAAUACUAAUGGCAAAUGUGAACCCCAGUGCGAUGUGGAUUGCGGCGAAACCGCUUUUUGCUCUUCGCCCAACAAUUGUGCCUGUAAAAUUGGUUUCAUCGAAAGUAAGGAAGGCUGUCUACCGAUAUGCUCGCGAGGAUGUGGCGCUAACGAGCAUUGUGCAGCACCAAAUACCUGCGACUGCAACGAGGGUUAUACUAGGAACACCACCGGUCAAUGUGCACCCCAGUGCCAUACGGCAUGUGGCGAGGCCAGCUACUGCGCCGUACCCGAUAAAUGUGCGUGUAAAGUCGGUUACGAGCAAACCGACAUUGGUUGUGUGCCAAGUUGUCCACAAGGUUGUGCAGAUCAUCAGCAUUGCGUGGCCCCCAAUAAGUGCGCUUGCAACACUGGCUACCAGAAAACGCAUGAUGGUGGCGCGCAAUGUGAACCGAUCUGCGAUGCGGCGCUCUGCGGUAAUGCGACUUGUCUGCGUCCAGGUAUUUGUGAGUGUACCAAAGGUUAUGCGCGAUUCAACGACAGCAUUAAUUGCCUGCCCCAUUGUACGGGCGGUUGUGGGCCGAAUGGCCUUUGCACAGCACCCGAUCGUUGUGAAUGCAUCGAAGGUUAUAUGCGCAAUGGCGCCGUAUGUGUACCUCAGUGCAAAUUUGGAUGUGGCAUAAAUGCACAUUGCACCGCACCAGAUGUGUGUCAAUGCAUGGAAGGCUUUGAAAACAAACCGCUUCACACACUGGUACAACGCUGUCAGCCAAUAUGUGAGCCUGCGUGUUCUCUACACGCUUAUUGCGCGUCGCCGAAUCACUGCAGCUGCAUCGCGGGCUACAGCGUGGUCGACGAUCGGUGUGUGCCGCGAUGCAAGGAUAAGUGUGGCGCUAACAGCAAAUGUAUUGCGCCCGACAGAUGUCACUGCGAUAGCGGUUUUCUGGAGCAGGAUGGUAAAUGUGUGAGUUCGUCGGAAUUGAAGUCGUGUAUGAGGGAAAUAUUAUUCAUUCGUAUGCAUGUUUCCUGUGACACCGGUUCAUUCCUGAUAUAUUUGAUUUAUGGUGGACUGGUGGGUUUCGUACUAAUAUGCACGUUUGUCACUUACAAAGGUGUACAGCGCUUGCGCAAAAGGAGUAAAUACGCGGCGCCACCACAGAAUUUCAUAAUCACGUAUCAGCCGCGCGGUCGUGAAGACGACGAUGAGUUCACGAAUGCCGAUGGCGAUCUGGCAAGCCCUAGCUACAGCCAGCCGCCAGCCUAUAAUACGCUAACCACAAAAUGUUGAAGAUAAGAAAAACGACUGAAUUAUAUUGCAAGUUAUCGCGUAUUGAAUAAAUCUAUUUCCUGCAUUUAAUGUUUUGAAACUGUUCAAUAGAAUAAUCAGCCUCAUCGUGAACUUCGCGUAAAUAAAUAGUUCCCACGACUUUUUAUUUUCGCGCGAAUUUCGUGUGAAAUGUCAAUAUCGAUCGUCACAUAUGUUUUUCUUUUUUAUUUAGUUUUCAUUGAAAAAAACUUAGUCAAUUUAUAAAGCAAAUUAUGAGACUUUUUUGGCUUAAACGCGUGUUUUUAUUUCUGAUUAUAUAACGUAGAUAUCUUUUUUGAUCUAAUCGGUUUUCUAUGAGGAAUGGCGUUUACCCGAAGUUCAUGAUAAGACUUAAUAUGAUUAAAGUACAUAUGGCACCCCAUUAAGAUUUACUAUUCGAUUAGAAUUAUAGCAUAUCGUCAUCUAAAGUGCGGAAUAACGUAACAUAACUUGUCAUAAGUUUACAGGCGAAGGAAAAACGAUGUAAUAGAAAUCACUAAUAUUCAAACAAAAUUUGAGUUUUCAUUCUGAAAUGGUGCUAUAUUUGUUAUCAUACUCAUACAUUCAUAUUUAAACAAAAUUCGAGUUUUGGCUAUAAAACGUUUAUAUAUUGGUUAUAAAACGGUUAUAUAUUGGCUAUAAAACGGUAAUAACGGUUAUAUAUUGGCUAUAGAACGGUUAUAUAUUGGUUAUCUGACAGCGAUUUUCAUUUUUUUUUUUGUUUUUUGAUAUGUUGUUUUGCAUUUUAGGUGACGAUAUACUGAUAAUUUAACCAAUAUCAGUAAUAUUGUAUUUAAAUGCUUAUGUACUCAUACCCAUAAAAAACUAUUAAUACUAAGGCCUUGUCACUAUUAAUCAUACUAAUUUUUCCGAAAUAAAUUUAGUUCUUAAACAAAAAUUA